GAUCGUUACUUAAUAUAUAUUUUCCCCCACUACUCCCAACUACUUUCGCCGGCUCUUUUUCCGGCGAACUCCCCGCCUUUUCCGUUGCGGCUAACGUACGCCAGUGUACAUCAUACAACCCCCCCCCCCCUUUCUCUCUCUCCAAUUUCUUUACAUUAUCUCACUCUCCGUGUUUAACUCAUCAUCUAUAUUAUAUCAAACCCUAAACCAGACGCAUUCAAUCUCCUUCUUCACACUUCCUUCAACCUACCUCCAUCGAUCUCAGGUCUGUUGUUCUAUCAAUAUUCCUAUCGAUUCUUCAUAUUUUGAUCCAGAUCGUUGAGAUUAUGGUGGCCGAUUGAUCAGAUUUGAUUAUGUUCACUCUUUUGCGGUUUGAUUCCAAAUGUUUUGUUGAAAAACUGAAUCGGAUGUGAUUUGUUUACGAAUUGAUUAUGUUCAGUUUGUUGUUGCGGUUUGAUUCGAAAGGUUUUGGCGAAAAAUUAAGUCGGAAGGUUAGUUACUGGAGAAUUAGAAGUUAAAUCGUAUUGUAUUUGUGAUUUGUUGACGAAUUGUUGUGGAUUUGAGAGAUUAGGUUAAUUUAGAUCUAGUCAAAAUGCGUUCAUUGCUCAGAUUUAUUAAGUCUACGACACGGAAAAAGCUGCUUAGUAAGUAUGAUGAUUUUUCGUUUACUAGCGUUGCUAAUUUCCGAACGAGACAAUAUGCAUUGUACUAGAUCUAGGUUAGAUUAGAGGUUUGUUGUUGCUGUUGCUGUUGCUGCUGUUGUUGUUUGAGGAUGCCGCAUCGAGGAGCAUACUUUUUUCCGAGGGAUUUUGGAGGUGUGAUCUCGAAAUGGGGAGAUAUUGGGAAGGUGUUUGGGGAGGUUUCUGGAUCAUUGAUGAAUGAUGAUGGAACAAGAGACGGAGUUCGGUGUGUUGGUGAUGGAAGUGAUGGAAGUGAUGGAAAUGAUAGGAAGCUUGGGAAGAAGAAGAAGAAGGAGGAGGUUAGUGGAUGGGGUCAUGUGAGGUUCAGCAAGCUUGGUGAUCAUGAUGAUGUGAUGGAGGAUAUCAUAGAUGAUGAUGAUGAUCAUCAUCAUCAUCAAAUUGCACAGGAGAAAGGGGGUGGUGUUAUUGAUGGUGGUACAGGAGAAGAUAGUCGAUGGAGCCAAGUGCGGGAGUGGUGUAAGGCCUAUUACUUGCAGCUCAAUCUAGCGAAACGUCUUACGCAACAAGGUACCAUUAGUGAGGAGCCUGCUCUUGUUCAAGACAUUGGGCAUGGUGUUGUGAGCUAUGAUGCAGAGGCAGUUUCAUACCGUCUUUGGGUUAAUGGUACGUUAUCUUAUGAUGAUAAGAUAUCAGAUGGUUUCUACGACAUCCUUGGAAUGGAUCCAUAUAUGUGGAUGAUGUGUAAUGACUCGGUGGAGGGUAAACAUUUGCCAUCUUUGUUGGAACUUAAAGCAGUUGAGGCCUCUACUUCAUCCAUGGAAGUGAUUCUUGUUAAUAGAUACAAGGACUCACGGCUAAGAGACCUGGAGGAUAUAGUACAGGAGUUAUACUUUUCAGCAGAAAACGCUCUCAUGUUAGCUGAAAAGCUUGCAAAACUUGUUGCUGCAAGUAUGGGGGGAUCGUAUCCAGUCGAGCAAGGCGAUCUCCAUGCACAAUGGGAGUCGACUAGCAAGAGAAUAAAGGAACUUCAGAAUGACAUUUUGGUUCCCAUUGGCAGCCUGUCUACCGGACUUUGUAGACACCGAGCGAUACUAUUUAAGAAACUGGCUGAUUAUGUUGGAUUGCCUUGUCGGAUAGCAAGAGGCUGCAGGUAUUGUGAUGAAGAGCAUAGGUCCACGUGUCUUAUCAGAAUUAAAGACGAUAAGUUGACAAGGGAGUACGUGGUUGAUCUAGUUGGGCAACCGGGAAAUUUCUACAAUCCAGAUUCCUCUAUAAACGGAGAUAUACUUCCUCAUUUAAAAGAUGCUCAACAAGUUUAUAUAGGACAUGCAUCCAUUUCUGAAGAAAAGAGUAUGCAUGUUCCUACUGGAAAAACUUUACACUCGGAUGCGGAAGUUAAGAGUGAUGGAAAAAAUAGAGGAAACUGUCACGCAACUACUCCGGGACACCAGACGCUCGAGCCUUCUCUUGCAAUGGACUGGCUUGAGAUAGCGUGGGAUGAUUUGCAUAUCAAGGAGCGUAUCGGUUCUGGUUCAUUUGGGACUGUGUAUCGUGCAGAGUGGCAUAGUUCGGUUGUUGCUGUUAAGGUGUUGACAGCCCAGGACCUCCAUGAUAAUCAAUUGAAGGAAUUUCUGAGGGAGGUUUCAAUCAUGAGACGUGUGCGCCAUCCUAAUUUAGUUCUUUUCAUGGGCGCCGUUACAAUGCACCAACGUUUUUCAAUUGUGACUGAGUAUCUUCCUAGGGGUUGUCUGUUUCGCCUUCUACACCACCCGGCCUCCGGAGAAAUAAUGAACAUGAAGAGACGGAUACACAUGGCUUUGGAUGCGGCAAAGGGCAUCAAUUAUCUCCAUUGUCUCAGUCCUCCUAUUGUUCACUGGGAUCUUAAAUCUCUAAACUUAUUGGUUGACAAAAACUGGACCGUAAAGGUUUGUGAUUUUGGGUUAUCAAGAUUCAAAACGGAUACCUUUAUAUCAUCAAAAGCCAUUACUGGAACUCCUGAGUGGAUGGCUCCAGAAGUCCUUCGAGGGGAACCUGCAGAUGAAAAAUCUGAUGUAUACAGUUUUGGCGUGAUUCUAUGGGAACUCGUGACCAUGAAACAACCCUGGAAGGGGCUUAAUGCGGCUCAGGUGGUUGGAGCUGUGGCAUUCCAGAAGAGGAAACUUACAAUACCUUCUAAUGCAUCUCCUGCACUAACGUCACUGAUGGAAUCUUGCUGGGCCGAUGACCCGGUGCAGCGUCCAAGCUUUAAGAGCAUAGUGAUCACUUUAAAGAAGUUACUCAAGUCUACUCAAAAGUCAAAGUAAUGGGCCGUCGAUGUCGAAAUCUACUUGCUUAUAACUCUUGAAACAACCUCUCUCUAUAAAAAUUGCAUGUUUGUUUUACUUUAUGAGAUAUUGAACUUUAUGGAAUAAUCAAAGUCUAGACUCUUUUAUAUAAAUUUUAGGUGGUCAUAAACCGUUGUAAACCGUCCAAACUGAAGCAAAUCUGCCGGUUUUGGAGUUUGUACGUUCAUCUCACUGUUUAGGGUUUGAAAUAUUGUGUAUAACUAGUUAUUUUC